UGGCGCAAAGAGAUAAAGAUCCCAUCAUCAUCAUCGUCGUCGUCAUCAUCGUCAUCAUCGUCGCCACUGUUUGUUUGUUUGUUUGUUUGUUUGUUUGUUUUUUGGUUCCGCGUCAGCAUCAGGCUGAUUCAUGGUGGACAGGUUCGACCGAACUUUUUUAAGGAUGAUAUUCGCUGGAUGUUUCCUCUUGUUGCUGUGCGGGCUCACGCGUGUCAUGGCAAGUUAUCCCAUCUGGUGGUCACUAGCGGUGGGCCACCAGUACUCGUCAUUGAGCACGCAACCCAUUCUCUGCAGCAGCAUUCCAGGGCUGGUGCCCAAGCAGCUACGCUUCUGCCGAAACUACGUGGAAAUCAUGCCCAGCGUGGCGGAAGGGGUGAAGAUUGGCAUCCAGGAGUGCCAACACCAGUUCAGAGGGCGGCGCUGGAACUGCACCACCGUCAGUGACAAUCUGGCCAUUUUUGGACCAGUGUUGGACAAAGCCACUCGAGAGUCAGCGUUCGUCCACGCCAUCGCCUCGGCCGGCGUGGCCUUUGCGGUGACGCGGGCCUGUGCCGACGGCUCGGCCACCAUCUGUGGUUGCGACGCACGUCACAAAGGCCCCCCCGGCGAGGGGUGGAAGUGGGGCGGCUGCAGCGAAGACGUGGAUUUCGGCGGCAUGGUGUCCCGGGAGUUCGCCGACGCGAGGGAGAACCGUCCCGAUGCCCGCUCGGCCAUGAAUCGCCAUAACAACGAAGCCGGACGCACGUCUCUAAAUGACAAAAUUUUCCUGAAGUGUAAGUGCCACGGGCUGUCGGGCAGCUGCGAGGUGAAGACGUGCUGGUGGUCUCAGCCGGACUUCAGGGUCAUCGGCGACUACAUGAAGGACAAGUACGACAGCGCCUCCGAGAUGGUGGUGGAGAAGCACAAGGAGUCGCGCGGCUGGGUGGAGACCCUGCGGCCCAGGUACAACUACUUCAAACCCCCGACCGAGCGCGACCUCGUGUACUACGAGGGCUCGCCCAACUUCUGCGACCCCAACGCCGAGACGGGCUCGUUCGGCACCCGCGACCGCGUCUGCAACCUGACGUCGCACGGCAUCGACGGCUGCGACCUGCUGUGCUGCGGCCGUGGGCACAACACCCGGACGGAGAGGCGCAAAGAGAAGUGCCACUGCAUUUUCCACUGGUGCUGCUACGUCAGCUGUCAGGAGUGCGUCAGGGUCUACGACGUGCACACCUGCAAAUAACACCUGCUUCUCCAUCUUGAAGCUUCAGACUUUGGACCGCACCCGCCGUCCGUCCGCGGGGUCCGGCGGCCGGGACCUGCCGAUCUGUUCGUGGAGGCCCGAGGAGUCAGCCUCCAUCUUCUGGAAGGCUUCUCGAGGAGAAUGUCGUGUGAGCUGUCGUGAUGCUGUUGAUGACAACCGGUUUCUCAUGCUGACCCACAAAUGACUGUUUGCUAAAUGUCAAACACCACAUUGGUGUUUUUAUUUUUCAUUUAAAAAAGAUCUUGUCUGUUUGUCUUCCGUGUAGUUUAGCUGAGAAGAGUAUGACUUGGCGCUACGGCGAAUGAAAACCAACAUCGGCCUCGCAGUUCUGAUGUUCGGGGUUUUUAAAUAAAUCAAUAAAUAAAUCUGCUAAACUCUUCCGGUGGCUGGAACAUAUCCCACUGGGUUGUUGCGUGGCUUCUCCACACCGUGACAACGAGGCGCUCUAAAGCAGCCAAGCCAGUCUGAAAUCCCAGUGCACCAGCUGGCUGUCAAUUUGGACAUUGGCUUUUUUUUUUUUUUUUUUCCUCCUCGCUCUUUCGCCUUUCUCUGUGUGACGUGCAUGCACUCAUGGCUGACAAUGAGGCACUCCAAAGGGGCCACGCCAAUGGACUAUCCAAAGGGAAGAUACUUUGUUUGGGUUGUGGGCAUUGCUAGCUAGCUAACUGUGCAGGAUAACCGCUAAUGCGAAUGAAGACGCUCUUAUGUAGUGACGGAGAGGCGACUCAUUCCGAACUCGAAAGUAAGUCGCUAUGCACCAUUUUAGCCACGUCCCCCAAAAAACAGGAAAACUGAAAUGGUGAAAACCCGUUUGUUAUGUCUCCACAAUCAAGUACUACAUCAUUUUGUUUCUUUGCAUAUUUCCAGCAAUUAUCUUCAAACAUAUCAAAUGUAUUUCGAAACAAAUCUUUGAACUCAAGUCCCCAAUUAAGAGCCAACCUUCAAUUUCUGGUUUAUCGCUGAAAGGUUUGCAAUUAGUUGCUGAAUUGUGCUACCUUACCCCUAACACACCCACACCGCAGCAUAAUCUUUCAGCCAUCU